AUGACUAUAACAUUACUAGCCUAUGGAGCUAGUGAGAUCCUAGUUGUACCUUCCUUUUGGUGGGUCGUGUGGCAUAGCUGGGUGAGCACUGGUUCUCCGGGCCAUACCUGGAGUGGCGGAGGAGAGCGUGCAAGCGAGGAGGGCAUCUGCCCGAGCGCCGUUUCAAACGCUUCCCUGGGCCUCGACCUGCAUCCUUCACUUGAGUCCUUGAGUCUUGCAGGACUAUGCAUGGUUGCCUGGCCAUUGCCGCCGUCCGGAGUGGUGGGUGUGAGCGUGGGCGCGGCCCUGCUCGUUCUGCUGCUGGGGGCGGCGAGCUGGGUGUGCUACCGGCGGCGCGGAGGCCACAAGAAGCUGAGCGAGCGCCCCCUCACGCUGCGGCGCCCCACGGCCGUCAAGAACCCCGCCCCGCAGAGCCACUACCUGAAGAAGUCUCCGUCUCCUACGGGGAAAUCCCCGACGGGAGGGAAGACGCCCCCCGGGGCACGUACCCCCACGACCAGCCUGCCCCCGCCGGGAUGCGGCGCACUCUCGCCCAGCUGCACCACACCUAGGGUCUCCUCCCCCGCCCACCAGAGCUCCCGCGGCGUCGAGGCCGACCGCGUGACCUACGAGAACGAGCACGACAAGCCGAGCACGCCGUCCAAGGAGGAACUCGAGCUCAAUGAGAGGAACCUGGCCAAGGAGGCGCAGCCCACGCGCCUGGGCAAGCUGCACUUCAAGCUGAGGUACAAUUUCGACAAGAACGCUCUGGUCGUGACCAUAGUCAGGUGCAGCGACCUCCCGGCCAAAGACCCUGCCUUGACCUCGAGUGACCCGUACGUCAAGCUGCAGUUGCUUCCCGAGAAGCAGCACAAGGUCAAGACACGCGUUCUGAGGAAGACUGUGAACCCGGUGUAUGACGAAGAUUUUACCUUCUACGGGAUCAACUACUCUCAGCUUCAGAACAUCACGCUGCACUUCGUGGUCCUGAGCUUCGACAGGUACUCGCGCGACGACAUCAUCGGCGAGGUGGUGUCCCCGCUCGGCCAGCUCGACUUUACCAACACCGAGAACUGCAUCAGCCUCACGCGGGAGAUCAACCCGCGCUCCCUCAAGAUCCGUUCGCAGGGACGAGGUGAGCUCCUGGUGUCCCUGUGCCACCAGCCGGCCGCCAACCGCCUCACCGUCGUCGUCCUGAAGGCACGCAACCUCCCCAAGAUGGACAUCACCGGCCUGUCAGACCCGUACGUGAAGAUCUACCUGCUGUACAACGGGCAGCGUGUGGCCAAGAAGAAGACGCACGUGAAGAAGCGGACGCUGAACCCGGUCUUCAACGAGUCGUUCGUGUUUGACCUGCCGGCGGGCGUGGUCGGCCUCGAGAGCAUCAGCCUCGAGUUCCUGCUCCUCGACUGGGAUCGUGUCACUAAGAACGAGGUCAUCGGCCGCCUGGAGCUGGGCGGGUCCCGGGCGACCGCCUGCGGCUCGGCCAACCACCACUGGAGCGAGGUGGUGACGUCCCCGCGCCGCCAGAUCGCGGAAUGGCACAAGCUUCGAGAGUAAAAGCGAAACGAGAAGCGGCGUUUCCCUUUUCGGCGGAGAUGGAGGAUGGUUAGAAGAAGGCCGUUUGGUGUGUGUGCUGCAUUCCUUAAUCCUCCGUCACUACGUUGUUUCUCCCCUUCAUUGCACUUGUCUAAGGUGCUGCCUCAGAAUCAUUUUGCUAAACAAAUAUCUCCGUGAGUAUGUGAUUGAGAAAUAAGGUGCAAGUGCAUACAGCUGAGAAUUAUUAUUCGAUGAAUAAAGAUAGUUACUUCUGCGACAGACACAAGGAUCUAUUGCAUAUUUCACUGUUUAUCAAUGUCAAAAGAAUAAAGAAAUAUAUGUGAAUUAUUUCAGUACAAAAAAUAUAUGAGUAUGUCGUUCCAGGUCUGAUUAGAGACAAUAUUGCAGAGAAAAGAGCUUUGGUAUCUGAGACAGACUAAGCAUCAUUCCAAAUGUAACGUCAUCAUAUUGGCAUCUUACGUUGGUAAAAGUGCAUUUGGGUUCAGUGUUACAAACAUCUUGCCUUAAGAUGGACUUCAAAGGAAUAAUGGUUGUAUGCAAAAGGAAUAUGUAUACAUAUAUUGAUAAAUUUAUAAGAUAAUAACAAGAGAAAAGUUAUGAACCAGUCAUUGGCUCUGUUGCUGGUUCCAACAAUUUUAAACUAAAGAAAUAGAGAUCUCAGCUUAUAUGGUGUAAAAUCGCAAUGCUUGCUACGGGGCCAUGUCUUCAGCUUCAGUGUGCGAGUGAAUAUGCUUGUUCAGGGGCCUUCGUUCACGAGUAGAAGCUUUUUUUUCUCUUUUUUAUUCUCCUUAACUCUCACUGUGAACAUUCAAAGUAGAUAAUUAUUUUUCUCUCAUUUCCCGAUUAUCCUUCACAGUGUUUCAAAGGAAGUGGCGAGUGAUGUGUGUAUGAUGCGAGUCCCCGAUUGCCAGUUUGGGAGGUGUUACUACAGCGUUGGCUAGUUUCCCUGUCUAUAUCCUCUUAAUGGAUACACACGUUCACGGGUAGAUCUUAAAACUGAAAGACACAUUAGUUUUUCACGCAACCCUCUAUUCCAAAGUAUAUCAUUAUUGUAAUAUUUUUCACCAAGCCAGUUGUUUAAAACCAUAGUACCAGUCGAACUUCUAACUUCUUUUUCCUCAUAACUUGCUAAACAAAUGUAAUUCAUCACAAAAGGGAAUAUGGGAAUAACUAAAACUAAGAGAAAUUUUGAUUCAGUAUUAAUUAAGACGAAGAGAAAAUGUACUCCUAGUUAUGCAAGUUAAAAUCUCGUUGAGUAACUUAAAGUUGACGUUUAAUCUCAAUGUUUAAUUUUGGUCUGUUCGUUAUACACGAAAACUGUUCGGUGAAUAGAAGCCUUAACGUGUAGCAUCAUGUCUGUUGUAAAAGAGGUCGCAGAUACACUUUCAACAGCUCCAUGGAAGCCUGUGGAAUAAAGGAAGCAACGGCACUGGCUUCUUCGGGCCCUUUCCGGGGACGCAGUUCAGCGGCAGUCUAGGGAAGACGUAGCUUAGGGGCGCGAGCCAAAGAGUUUGACUAUUAUCUAUAAAAGUAUAAAUUUAUAACACACACACACACACACACACACACACACACACACACACA